UAUAUAUUUUUGGUUUCUGCAUCUCGUUCUCAGGGGUUUUGUGAUUCUCUUCUCCGAUCGAUUCCUCUCUCUCUCUCUCUCUCUCUCUCUCUCUCUCUCUCUCUCUCUCUCUCUCUCUCUCUCUCCGGUUUGCAAACUUUUGUUUCUCUCUGUUGGUUCGGGUUGGAUCUUUGUUUGGGUGAUGGCGAAGGUGAGACAGUCGCAGAGAUUAUUACAGGCGAGGAAAUGGUCGACAUUGAUGCUGGUUCUGUUUAUGCUUUUCAUGUUAACGAUUGUUCUCUUGAUGCUUUUGGCCUUUGGGGUUUUCUCUCUUCCCAUUAAUAACAACGACGAAUCUUCUCCCAUGGAUCUCUCUUAUUUCCGACGAGCUGCAACUGAGAGAAGUGAGGAGGGACUUGGGAAGAGAGGAGAUCAGUGGACUGAAGUGCUCUCUUGGGAACCCAGAGCUUUCGUCUACCACAACUUCUUGUCGAAGGAAGAAUGCGAGUAUUUAAUCAGUCUUGCCAAACCACAUAUGGUGAAGUCAACUGUUGUUGAUAGCCAAACCGGCAAGAGCAAAGACAGCAGGGUGAGAACAAGCUCGGGGACUUUCCUUAGGAGAGGAAGGGAUAAAAUCAUUAAGACCAUUGAGAAAAGAAUUGCUGAUUACACCUUUAUUCCAGCAGAUCAUGGGGAAGGACUUCAAGUGCUUCACUACGAAGAAGGGCAAAAGUAUGAACCACACUAUGAUUACUUUGUUGACGAGUUCAACACUAAGAAUGGAGGUCAACGCAUGGCUACCAUGCUCAUGUAUCUGUCGGAUGUUGAAGAAGGCGGUGAAACGGUGUUUCCUGCUGCCAAUAUGAAUUUUAGUUCCGUACCAUGGUACAAUGAGCUCUCUGCGUGUGGUAAAAAGGGACUUUCCGUAAAGCCUAGAAUGGGCGAUGCGUUGCUCUUCUGGAGCAUGAGGCCCGAUGCUACGCUAGACCCCUCAAGCUUGCAUGGUGGAUGUCCUGUGAUUAGAGGGAACAAGUGGUCAUCUACCAAAUGGAUGCAUGUCGGCGAGUACAAAAUCUAGUGUCUUUGAUUUGCUGGACAUACGGUAUACUGUUUCCUAGAUGGUGUAAAAUUGGAGAGAAAGAGAGUUGGUGUUUGUUUGAUUUUGUUUUUCCAUGCGGCUCAGUGUAUUGGGAUUCAGAGGUUCAUAUUAUAUCAGUAGAGAAUACCAAAAGAGAGGGAAUUGUUUGUUAGAUUACAUUAGGAUGGCUUAAAUAGACAUUGUUGCUCACUGCUAUACCAGCCAUACGUUGCGAAUUAGUUAUAACAUUAUUAUUCAUAUAAAAAUGUGUCAUCUUCAUAUA